AGUCCUUGUUUGUGUAAUAUUAUUUUGGCUAAUAAAGUGAUAGCAAAUAACUCAUAAAAAUUCUUUGUGUUUGUUAACAGAAAUGGUUGAUGUCAGAAACUGACGACGUACCAAUACAUGUUAACGUCGUCAUCAAGUGAUUGUCCUAGAAUGUGUGCUAUCUAUAUAUUUUAACAUAAUUUAUGGGCUAUACAUUUUUUGGAAUUGCAAUGUUGCGUAGAUAGUUUUGUGCGUACCGCGUGUGAAAUGUCACAACAUGGAUACCCAGAAAGACUGUCCAACAGGUCGAAGGGUUUUCAGGAAGAUGGCCCUAGUCAGCCCACUAUGGAAGUGUUGGUCGAAACUCUUACAGGGACAGCUUUCGAAAUGACAGUGUCGCCGUCCGACACAAUAUUUGCUAUAAAAUCGAAGAUAUUCAGAGUAGAAGGCAUCCCUGUAUCACAACAGCACCUUGUGUACAACUUGCGCGAAUUGGCCGAUGGUGCCUCUUUACGGGACCAUGGAGUUUCUGCUGGCGCUAGACUUCGCCUCGUGCUGGCUCUGCGAGGCGGACCUAUCGCAACUCGUCGGCCUCCGCCCCCGGAAAGGCCACCUCCUGAUAGGGAAGAGUUGGAGUGGGGUGAGAGUGUUGGAGGGGGAGGGGUGGCGGGGAGCAGCGGGUGCAAGGUGACGGUGCUCGUGUUCCGCGACGGCGAGCGCCUCAAUAUGCUGCGCGUGCGAGAGAACCGAGACGGCACCUAUUCACCACUGGACCACGCCAAGUAUGGGUCGUCCGUGUCGCAGUUGGCAGAGCGGUCUGCGGAAGGUUGUGCGGGCGGGGCGGGGCUGCAGGAGAACGCGGUGACGAUGGGCAAGAUGCUGGAGCUGCGCCGCCGCAUGCACUCGCUCACGCUGCAGCGCCGCGCGCCCGCGCCGCGCCCAGGUCCUCGCCACACUACACUGCCUUGUCUUCCGCACCCACCGACCCACCGACCCACCGACCCUGUCUGCGCCAACACAGUACACUCUCAUACUCUGAUGGGACGGUAAUCCGACACGAUCGCAGAGAGAUCGGGCGCAGGACCGACGGUUUUACAUGCUUUCCGAUGCAAAGGGGUGAAACACCAGCUUCCUGACUCCUGACUGCUAUUAAAAAUUUCUUGUCAGAAAUACCCGAUUACUCAUUUUGAACCGACCUGGGAUUCAAACUCACGACCUCAUGAUCAGCAAUUGCAUUUAAAGCCAUUAGUCUAUCGAGGCACUCAUCCCAAUAAAUAGUAUUUAUCCCACCGCAAGCAGACAGGUUACAUUUAUUCAACACCCCAUUCUAGUUUGUCCAUCACCCCAUUUUAUCCCCGAAGUGGCGUAAGCGACAAUGCAGGAGAUUUCAGAAAAAAUUGUGAUGGCUUAGUAACACUGUGGCUUAACACUUGGUUAUGAUACAACAGGGAUAUAAAUUCUUAUCCCACACAGAACAAAUAUACAGUCCAUAGCCAGCUGUAAGAGACGUAUAUAGACUGUAGCUUCGAGACAACUACAUGGCAAUGAGUUUCUGCGCUGAGUGUCACGGAUUAGAAUCCCGGACAGAGGGAUUUUGGCGGGAACUUGACCGGCGGCAGUUUACUGCUCCUGUAUUAUCGUUUAAAUAAUGGUUUGAAGUGUAUUUUCAUAUGUAAAAAUGGUACGAUUUUGUGUGUUGUCUGUGCAUGUGAACUACUAUUAGAAAUGGUGAAACAAGUGUUCUGAUGGUGAUGUGAUUCUCAAAAUAAGGUGUCUGUUUGCUUAAGCGCUUUAAAAUACCAUCGCCAACUAUCAGCUGUCUGCUGGCUCAAGUUGCCGUCAAAAUCACCCAAGGGCUGCACAAUGUGAAGCAGUAUACUAUGAAGGAUGAUUAUACAAUGUAACUUCAGACUCAGAAGACCUAGAAUCCAGAGCCCUGAAGCCGGUUAUAAAAAAAAAACCCGGAUAGAACAAAUCCGCCUGCCAAGCAUGACAAUU